UUUGUAGUUUAUGACUUUUUUUGAAAGCUCCCGCACACUGCAACUUCAUGAAGUUACCAUAAAAAGUGACGCGUGGUGAACCUGCUGCAUUUGAACCUCUCAUCAUUCCCCUGUGCAGCCGCUCGGCCACAGCAGCGUCUCUCCUCUGAAGGGGCGUCCCACGGCUCGUCCGUCUAUUUAUACUCCUGCUCGCCUUAAUACGGAGAGCGCCGCGCAGCUGCCGGGUUUUCUACAUUUGGAGCGACGGUCCGUGCAGCGAAGGGCCAGUUGGGAGGGACCGCCGGUCUGAGGAAGGUCAGCGGAACCACGCAUGCCAGCUUCACACGGCGCGCAGUGCAUGAGCAAUGCCUCACUCACCGAGGAAUAGAUUGUUCUACCACCCCUGACUGGUGAACUCUCAGCUGGAGGAAAGUUUGGCUCCUGUGUUUUGCCUUUGCAGAAAAGUGGAGAAACAACAGCCCUCCUGCUUUCUGUCACUACAUGCUUUGCAAUUAUUCGAAGAGAAUCGACUGAAUCCUGCUGAGGGACACGGAUGCCAUGGAGAACCCAGUCGUGGAGCCCAGAUCAGAGCGGAUCGCUCGGUAUAAAGCCGAGAGGAGGAGAGAACUGGCCGAACGCUUUGGCAACAUGGAGGAGCUGCCGACCAAGUGGGUGAGGAGGGAUGGGAAAGAGGUGCACGACCCUGCGACUCAGGCCCACAGAGAGACGUUGAACUCGGAUGGCCUCGGCGAAAGAGUUAAUGGCAGGACCCCAGGGGUCACAAAUGGAUUAGAGGCAGACGCUCCUGCAGAGUGCAACUAUUUGAGAAGGCAGGGCUCCCAGGACUCUGCCAGCCUGCUGAGUGGGGAGGGGUACCUCGUCCCUCUUGGACUCGAUGCCCCGCAGCUCCACACUCGGGUGUCAGUGGGCCAGUUGAGAAGUUCCCUUCUGCAGCAGACGGGGAGCGGAGGGCAGCCCGAGAAAGUUUGCCCUGACGCCGGCCGAGCCACGUCCUCUCUGGAUCUGGCUGUGAAGCCGGGCUCUGAGGGGGGCCGGCGACGCACCCGGCGUUACCUCCCCGGUGGAGCAGGUGGCGGUCGCAAAACCAGUGAACGCUUCAGGACACAGCCGAUCACAGCCAGUGAGAUGGAGGAGAGCAGCGGGCUGUUGGACGCAGAAGAAGAGGAGAACAGCAAAGCUGAUGAGAAAACAGAUGACAGAGCCAAGAUGAGCGUGGCAGCCAAGAUGUCUUUGUUUAAAGAGCUGGAGAAGUCCGCCGCCCCCGAGGCCUCGGCCUUCCUGAAGCCUCGCUCGGGCAGCGUCUGUCUCGAGCGCAAGGUGCGCCGUGGUAACGACCAUCGCUUUCUGACUCAGCCAAUCACCUGUGAGGAAAUCGGGGCUAUCAGCGCCCCAAAACCAGCACCACCAGUGGAGUCCCAGUCUGUGCAGGCCGAGUCGGUGGAGGAUGGCGAUGAGGGCUGCAAGCUGAGCAUGAGUGAGAAGCUGGCCCUCUUCAACAACCUGUCCCUGCCGGGGAGGCAGGGCGGCGGUCCUGCCGACGGACCCCCGGAGAGACGAAGGCAGAAGGGGGCUCGGUACCGCACGCAGCCCAUCACUGUGGAGGAGGUCAACCUGCUCCAGACGGGCCCCGUUCAGCUUCCUGCCUUUGGUUUGUCCCCUCAUCUGUCCGACAGACAGCAGGCCUCGUCUGUCAACCUAAAACCCAGUGAAGUACGCCUUUCCCAGCCAAGACCUGAUACCGCUUCUGUGCCUGGGGAGCCUUGCAGUUCUAACCAACAGGGCCAACAGCGCCAUGAGUCUGAGCCAGGCUUGAGAGGAAUCCUGAAGAAGAGCUACUCCGGAGGCUCAGAAUGGAGCAGGACAGACGGCGGUCAAAGGGAUGCACCGCUUUACCACGAGCAGAACGGCGGAGGUUGUGAAGAAGCAGGGACACCAAAGAGGAUAGAGAACACGGAGCGGCAGGACAUUUCUGUACCACCACGGAGAGAGAGACGUCAGGCCUCUGGUGGGGAGGGAGGCUCACUGACUGCUGCUCCCUGGAGGCAGAGGGCUCGAGCCAGGAGGGAAACCAUUGCCUGUACACCAAUAAGAGCCUCGUCAGAGCAGGAUGCCACUCAGGAGGAGAGGAACAGCUGGACCAAGCCACAGGAACAGCUGGUCUCCACCGGGGAGCACAGCUCAGACGCUGCUGGGAGAGUCCGGCAGCAAAAUGAGGAAGACAGUGUGAGGAAGAUGAAUGAGGAAACUACAAUCAUGGGACACGUUCAGGUCACAAUGGCAGAUGACACCUUGAAACCGCAGGAGACGGACAACACCAGCAUGAGUAUGGAAGGGAGGGAAAACCUUCAUAUGGAGAGUGCCAACACUCAGUGCUGGGAACCCGUGUUUGCCUCUGUUUAUUCUAGCAGCACGCCCCAAUAUGUCAUGUGUUUCAAUCAGACGAAUCUGUCCUUUGAGGCGCAGGAAGUCUCCUCUCCUACCAAGAACCAGAUUCAGCCUCAGUGGAGACACAAGGCUAAGGGAGACGAGGAUGAGCUUCAGAUGGAUAAAGCAGAGGGAUUGUGCUCACAGCAGGAGACGGCUGACCGAGAGCCCGAACGUAUGGCCAAGAGAGAGCUUGGAUCUCCAGAGUCAGACACAAGUGACACCUCUCAUCACAAAAGACACUCCACUGAAGCUCCGACACGCAUAUGUGAAGCUCCACACGAGGUGAAGGAAGAGACGCCUGUGAAUGAAUCCAACACGUUUGACGGAGGUUUCUACAGAGAUCAGUCGCCACCCUCUGCUGACGCACCACCACCCUGUGGAGAUGCUGCUGUCGCUGAGAAUGAGCAGGACCUGGACGUCCUCUGCCAGACCAACACCCCCAUGCUGACCUCAGCAGUAGCGGAGCACAGACGCUCGGUGCGUCCGUCUCGUCGGACUCAGGGCUCCAGAAACCCUCUGAGGGCUCUGGCUGCCAGGGAGGACAUCAGGCAGAACUACAUGGGAGAGACAGCGAACAUGGCUUCAGAGGACAGGAUCCGAGCAGACAAGAAGUCCAAAAACUCCUCUGAGUCACAUUUGUCAGAUGCUGCAACUAGUCUUAAGUCUUAUCCUCCCUUCAGCGAGCUGAUGCUCAUUCACAUCAAAGGUAGGCGGCAUGUCCAGGUGCGUCUGGUGGAGCCCUCGGUGCGGUCGCUGAACAGCGGAGACUGCUUCCUGCUGGUCACCCCGGAGCACUGCAUCCUGUGGAGCGGAGAGUUUGCCAACGAAGAAGAGAAAGCCAAGGCCUCUGAGCUGGCCUCAUCCAUCCAGAGUCAGAAGGAUCUCGGCUGUCAGGCCUCCCAGAUCGUCCACCUGCAGGAGGGGAACUGUGACGGCAGCCUGGCCGCAGACUUCUGGAGCCUUCUAGGAGGAAGGACACAAUACAGAGGAGCCAGUGCAGAAGAGGAGGAUGAGCUCUAUGAGCGAGGAGUGGUGGAGUCCAACUGUGUGUACAGGCUGGUGGAGAACAGACUGGUGCCUAAUGAACAGGCCUGGGCCUCCAUCCCCAGUGUGUCCCUGCUCAGCUCCACUGAGGCCCUGGUGUUUGAUUUCGGCAGUGAGGUGUACCUGUGGCAUGGACAGGAUGUUUCCCACAGCAGGAGGAAUGUUGCUCUCCAGCUGACUCACCAAGUGUGGGUUGGAGCUUAUGACUACAGCAACUGCCGAGUCAAUCCACUGGAUCCCACACACUGUAACCCCAGCAUACCGCUGCGGGGAGACGGGCGUCCCAGCUGGGCGUUGUUCGGCUGUGUCUCCGAGCACAACGAGACGGCUCUGUUCAGAGAGAAGUUCCUGGACUGGACGGGCAGGACUGAAGGCAGGGAGGAAGCUGCUGCAGUGAACAGGCAGACGCAGCCUGUCCUAGUUGAGUCCUCCGAGUCCCCGUCGUCGGACCUCCUGAGCGCCUGUGAUGCCAAAGCUCUGGUGUCGGGUCAGUCGCUGGAAGGGGACGGCUUGGUCCACAGUGUGUUGGCUGGGGUGGACAUCCAGAGGGGGCAUGGAGUCAUCACGCUGGAGGAAGGACGUCAGCUGGAGCUGAGAACAGUUGCUGUGGACACCUGGCACGUCCAGGAGUUUGAUGACAGUGAAAUUCCCGUGGAGAGCACAGGACAGCUUCAUGAAGGAGACUCCUACGUCAUCCGCUGGACGUACCGCAUCAGCUCUGGUGAUAAGCCAAACAGUCCCGGUGAGCACAGCAGAGGACAAAACGAAAACACCGCCUUGUUCCUGUGGAGGGGCCGCCACUCCCACGUCAGUGGACGGGACACCGCUGCUUUCCUGUCCAUUGGGAUGAACAACCAGGAAGAGUCACAGAUUGUGGUACCUCAGGGAAAGGAACCUCCUUGUUUCCUGCAGCUUUUCCACGGAGGCCUGGUCAUUCACAAGGGCAAGCGAGAGGAUAAGAGGAAUCCAGCAGAGUGGCGUUUGUUCUGUGUGCGAGGAGAGCUCCCAGAGGAGGCCUCUCUGUUGGAGGUGGACUGCUGCUGUGCAGGUCUGAGGUCCAGGGGCUCUGUUGUUCUCCUCAAUAGCCAGCAGGGGAUGCUGUAUCUCUGGACUGGCUGUAAAGCUCACAUGGGCUCCAGAGAGGUCAGCAAGAGGGCAGUGGAGCGUCUCACUCAAACGUGUCCAUCAGAGUUAGGUCUCAGCCACAGCAGCCCUGUGAAGGUGCAGGUAGUGGAGGAAGGUUCGGAGCCUGCAGACUUCUGGGCUGCACUGGACCAGAUGGACAGGAAGGCCUAUGACUGCAUGCUGCAAGAUCCAGGAAAGUAUAACUUCACACCUCGCCUCUUCCACCUGAGCGCCGCCUCUGGGAGUUUCCGCGCUGAAGAGCUGCAGAGUCCAGCGCGACUGCCGGGACUCGUGAUGGCAAUGCCUUUCGUCCAGGAGAGUCUGUACUCUGUACCACAGCCGGCCUUGUUCCUGCUCGACAACCGUCUGGAGGUCUACCUGUGGCAGAGGGGUCAGCCCGAGCAGACGGAGAGCUCGGCUUCAGCCUGGAGCUGCUGGCAUAACGAGAGGAGGUGCGCCAUGCAGACGGUGCUGCAGUACUGCGAAGAGAUGAACCCAAGACGGCCACCGCAGGCUUACCUCAUCUUUGAGGGCUCAGAACCUCUCACCUUCACUAAUGUGUUCCCCCGCUGGGAGAGGAGCCCGGGACCACACACACAGGGCGACGCGGGACGGGUGAAGCUGACCUUGGUGCAGGACGCCCUGGCCCAGCUCAUGAAAACUCAGUAUCCGCUGGAGGAGCUGCUGCGGAGCCCCUUACCUGAAGGGGUGGACCCUCAGCACCUGGAGGUCUACCUCUCUGAUCAAGACUUCCAGACUAUUUUGGAAAUGAAGAGAGAUGAAUAUGCCUCCCUCCCGAGCUGGAAGCAAAUUGAUCUGAAGAAAAGCAAAGGGCUUCUUUGCUAGACAGCGAAAACAAGUGGAGGCCGACUGACACUCCUGCAGCAGGGACUUAUUGCUCCACCAAGAAGGGGAGACGGUGGAGGGAUCUCUGCACCAUGUUGCUGCACAAAGGACGGCUCACAACGUAAUGAAAAGAGGAUAGAAAUUCACUUUUAUUUAUGUCAAAUUAGUAUGAGUGUAUGGACUUUUUAUCAGACGUGAAUUUCUCCAUAGCUACUGUUUGGAAAAACAGAAAACAUUUUCCUGUGAAACUUAAUUUUAUCUGUACAAAUCAAUGAAAGAUAAAAGGAAAAGGUGUGUGGGAGUGACGGAAGGACAUCAGUAACAAACUGUGGGAUAAGGAUGACAAAACAAAGUGAGUGCUUACAAAAAAAAAAGAUCAAUGCUAACAAACAAUGUAAACGAGAAAAAAUAAAAGGUUAACCGCUUUCUAAA